UGAAAUAAAGUAUUAUCACGUUAAAGAAACACAAUGAUUGCCGAAGUCCUCACGCUACUGAUCUUAGUUCUAGCCAUCACAUACCAUGUUUCUAAACGGAAAUUUGACUAUUGGAAGAAGCGAAAAAUACCAUACUUGAAACCUGUUCCCUUUCUUGGGAACUACGGGCCGUACAUCAUACAGAAAAAAUAUAUUGGACAAACAGCGGCAGAAUUAUGUGAAAAAUUCCCUGAUACGCCGUACUUCGGAGCGUUUUACGGUACAGAACCUACACUUAUUGUAAAAGACCCAGAGAUGGUCAAGAAAGUGAUGACAAAGGAUUACUACUACUUCAACAGUCGAGAAAUCUCCAACUACACUCAUAAGGAAGUGAUCACGCAGAAUCUAUUUUUCACCUACGGAGACAGAUGGAAGGUCUUACGGCAAAAUUUGACACCUAUCUUCUCCUCCGCCAAAAUGAAGAACAUGUUCUACUUGAUAGACAAAAGUGCUCAUGUGUUUGAAGGUAUGUUAGAUCGUGAAUUGAAAAUGAAUGAUGUGCAAGCAGUGAGGACACUCAUAUCUAGAUAUACUAUGGAUUCCAUAGGGUCCUGUGUUUUUGGUGUUGACACUGAGACUAUGACAGAAGAUCCAUCAAAGAACCCAUUUUUUCAAGUCGGCUCUCUUAUAUUUGCAGAGUCGUAUCUAAGAAGCUUGAUGACUGUCAGUAGAGCUAUUUGGCCAGCAGUCUUUUAUGGUUUGAACAUGAAAAGUUUUCCCAAGGAAAUGAAUGAUUUCUUUGAUAAAUUAAUGAAAGGAGUUUUUGAACAGCGUCAGUAUAAACCUACGAAUAGAAAUGAUUUUGUUGAUCUGAUUUUGAAUUGGCAGAAAGGUCAUUACAUAACUGGGGAUAGUAUGCAGAAUAUGAAAGGGAAUGAGAAAAAAGUGAAACUGGAAGUCGAUGAUGAACUUUUGGUUGGUCAAAGUAUAUUGUUAUUUGGUGCUGGAUAUGAAACUUCAGCAACUACAUUGCAGUACACUUUAUAUGAGCUGGCUAAGAAUCAAGAGGCUCAGGCAAAAGUACAUACAGAAAUAGAUGAAUAUCUUCUACGUCAUAAUAAUGCACUAGUAUAUGAAUGUGUCACAGAACUACCGUAUACGGAAGCCUGUGUUGAUGAAGCUCUUCGUAUGUACCCUGUCCUUGGUGUGUUGACUCGGGAAGUGGUUGAGGAAUAUACAUUACCAUGUGGAGCUGUUAUAGAAAAAGGAGUCCGUGUUCAUGUACCUGUGUAUUAUUUGCACCAUAAUCCAGAUUUCUUCCCUGAGCCGGAAAAGUUUCGACCAGAAAGGUUUUAUGGUGAAGAAAAACGUAAUAUCGUACCGUAUACUUAUAUGCCGUUUGGUGAAGGACCUCGGUUGUGUUUGGGCAUACGUUUCGCGAAAAUGCAGAUAUUCCCUGCCAUCAUAACCCUGCUGAAGAAGUACCGGGUGGAGCUGACCCCGGACACUCCUCGGAAGCUAGAGUUUACCCCCACCACCAUCGUCACCCAGCCUAAAGAGCUGGUCAAGCUGAAGUUUGUGGAGAGAGACGGGUGGCAACAGAGACUGUAUAAUAAAUAGGUGCUUAGGAAAAUAAAUCAUAAUUUUAUGUUUGUUACUAAAACCAACAAUUAAGUCAAAUUAUAGGGUCAAAUACAAAAUAUUGUUUUCUAAUUAUUA